AUGUGGUCCAUCGCUCUUACUACCACCAUCUUCCUCACCCUCUCAACCGCAACCCCAAUAAAAAAGUUCUACCACCACAAACAGGACACAGCCCUAACUGAAGCCCAAAUAAUCGACAUCGCACCCACAUCCCAAACAUGCGAUAAUCCACCCGCUGAAGGCGAAUGUGCCACUGCCGAACAGGCAGCCAAGUUUGCGGCACAGUCUUUCGAUAAUUACAAAGUGACUUCCAAAGCGGAGCAGGCUGCUAUCCUUAGCUUGAUGGCAUUCGAGACGGAUGAUUUCAAGUAUAAUAAAAACCAUUUCCCCGGAGUCCCGGGCCAGGGUACUCGCAAUAUGCAAUCUCCUGACUUCAAUAAGAAAUACGCCAACUCUAUCACCGCACUGAAGGAUCAGGUUGCGCAGGUCGCGAAUAGUCCUGCUGAUCUGUUGGAUCUGCUUCGUGGGGAUGAGACUUAUGAUUUUGGUUCUGGUGCUUGGUUUCUCACUACGCAGUGCUCGAGCGACGUGCGGUCUGCGUUGCAGGGUGGUGAUGAGAGCGGGUGGAAGAAGUAUAUCAGUGAGUGUGUGGGGACCACAGUUACGGAUGAGAGGAAGGAGUACUGGCAGAGGGCUGUUAAGGCUCUUGGUGUGACAAGCAACUAA